UCAGACUCCAGUGCUGCUGCUCCAGACUGCUGAGAGUUUCUCAGGCGGUUGCUAUGGAGCCUGCCUGGCGACAGCAGGGCAGGGGGCGUGGCCGAGGCCAGGAGGGUGAAAGGUCACGACCCCCCCAGAAGGAGCGAGAGAGGCCGGGAGCUGCUGCGGGAGUGUGGGGGGCGGGUCGAGGAGGGAGGACCAAGUCUGCCUCUACACCUGAACCUCAUGGUGCUUCGGUCCAAUCAAAGUUUGAGGAGAUCAGAAAGUCCAACCAGGCUGCUGCUCAGCGAUUGGUGGAGAGCCGACUCAGCUCCUCCUCUGACGAUGAUGAUGAAGAAGAUGAUGAUGAUGGAGAGGUGAAGGUCGACCAUAAGGAUGGGAAGAGAGGGAAGAUCCUGGCGUCUACCUUCAACACCUACACCGACCAGACAGGUGGAGACUCCUCAGGUCUGGUGAGAACUGGUCAGUAUGUCAGUGACCUCUUCCAGUCCGGAGCUCUGACCUGUCUGAUCUGCAUCGCCUCGGUCAAGAGGACGCAGGCGGUGUGGAGCUGCUCCAGCUGUUUCUCUCUCUUCCACCUGCCCUGUAUUCAGAAAUGGGCAAAGGACUCGGCCUUCCUUGUGUCCUCCGUCACUGACGAGGACUUCGGUCAGAAACAGCAUCCCUGGCCCUGUCCAAAGUGUCGAGCAGAGUACCCGCCCAGCGCCACGCCCAACAGGUACAUGUGUUACUGUGGGAAGCUGCAGGACCCUCCUGCUGACCCCUGGUUGGCUCCUCACUCCUGCGGCUCCGUCUGUCAGAAGGAGCUCAAACCGUCCUGUGGACACACCUGUCUGCUGCUCUGUCACCCCGGUCCCUGUCCUCCGUGUCCAAAGAUGGUCCAGGUGUCCUGUAUGUGUGGCAAAGCUAAGCCCCUCCCCCGUCGCUGUAGCAACAAGGCCUGGUCGUGUCAGCAGAAGUGCAGCAAGUUGUUACCCUGCAAACAGCACCACUGUACCCAGCCCUGCCACACAGAGUGCUCUCCCUGUCCCAGGGUCAGUGUCCAGAGGUGUGUGUGUGGUAAAGAAGCAGCAGAGAGACCGUGUGCCAGCCCAAAGUGGAACUGUCAGCAAGUGUGUGGCUCUCCUCUCUCCUGUGGGAAUCACACCUGUGAGGUUAUGUGUCAUGAUGGAGUUUGUCCUCCGUGUCCCCGCUCCGUCAGCAGAACCUGUCCCUGCGGAAAGACCAAGUCCUCUCUGCCGUGUACAGAGGAAGUGUUUCCGUGUGGGGACACGUGUGACCGCCCUCUGUCCUGUGGUAAACACACCUGUUCCAUGAGGUGUCACAGAGGGAGCUGUGAGACCUGUAGACAGGAGGUGGAGAAGGAGUGCCGCUGUGCUAAGUACAGGAGGCUGAUGCCCUGUCAUAAAGAAUAUCUGUGUGACUCCAAGUGUCCAAAGACCAGAAGCUGCCAGAGACACCAGUGCAGGAGAAAGUGUUGCCCCGGUAACUGCCCUCCAUGUGACCAGAGCUGUGGGAGAACUCUAGGCUGCCGCAACCACAAGUGUCCCUCAGGCUGUCACCAAGGUAGCUGUUAUCCGUGUCCAGAGUCUGUGGAGGUCAGAUGUUCCUGUGGCUCCACCGUCCUGUCUGUCCCCUGUGGACGGGAGCGGAGCACCAGACCUCCUCGCUGUAAAGAGACCUGCGGGGUUCCUCCGUCCUGCCACCACCCCAGCAGGGAGCCCCACCGCUGCCACCCCGGGCCCUGCCCCCCCUGCAGACAGAGCUGCCUGCUGCAGCUGCGGCGCUGCUCACACACCUGUCCCCAGCCCUGCCACGACCGCGUCCUCGUCAAGUCCCAGCAGGUGCAGUUAGCAGGACCCUGGGAGCAGCCGUCUGAACCAGCGUUUGUGCAGAAAGCUCUGCCCUGUCCACCCUGUCAGGUCCCCAUACCGACGGCCUGUUUUGGAGAACACGAGGUCAGCCCCGUACCGUGUCAUCGCCAGGGUCGAUUCCCCUGUGGACGACCUUGUGGACGGCCUCUGACCUGUGGGAACCACGACUGCAGCAGGGAGUGUCAUGUGGUGAGCAGCGGCAAUGAGUGUGAGGUGUGUGAGGAGGGCUGCUGUAAGCCCCGCCCCCCCGGCUGCCCCCACCCCUGCCCCCGCCCCUGUCACCCCGGCGACUGUCCGACCUGCAGCCAGAUGAUCCGGCAGCGCUGCCACUGCAAGAUCAGCAUGCUCUAUGUGGAGUGCACGAAGUUGACCUCAGCCGACGAGCAGACUAAGGUGGAGCUAGGAUCCUGCAGCAACCAGUGUCCCAAAGAGCUGAGCUGUGGUCAUCGCUGUAAGCAGGUGUGUCAUCCAGGUGUGUGUGAGGAGAAAUGUCAGCAGAAGGUGAAGCUCAGAUGUCCCUGCAAGAGGAUCAAGAAGGAGUUCCCGUGCUCUCUGUCCGAUCAAUGUGUCGUCGAGUGUGACGGUGCCUGCAGAGACCAGCAGAGGAAAGUCAGCCAGGUGAAGGAGGCGGAGCAGAAAGCAGCUCAGGAGGAGGAGCAGAAGAAACUUCAGGAGGAGCUGGAGGCGUUCGAGAAGCGUCAGCAGCGAGGAGGUCGGAGGAAUAAGAAGAGGGGGAGGAGGGAGGAGGUGGACGAGGGGGGGAGGGGGGCGAGGUGGUGGAAAAGGUGCGCCGCCGCCGUCCUCGUCCCGCUGGGCGGAGCUCUGCUGGCCGCCGCCGCCUACUACCUCCUGGCCACGCCCCCUGACCACGCCCCCUGACCACGCCCCCUGACCACAGCAGACCACCUGUCUGUUCUGUUUUACUUCUAUUAAAUCUUUGUCGUAGUUUUGAUUUAGGGGGAUUAGAAAUGAACAAAGUGGUUCCUGAGUUUCGAUAAAGAGCCGACAAACAGAAAACUACUUUAAUUUGAAUAAUUCAUCAAACUAGAGCUGAGUUUUCAAAACAUCAGAUUCAGCUCGAGUCUGAACAAGUUUUUAAUUGGUAUUAUUAAAAAGUUCAUCCUCAGUAAUUUAGUCACAACUUGCAGAAAUCUGUUGAUGUUGUUUAAGUUUCUGUUUGUUGACGUUCUGAUGUUUCAUUGUGGAAACCAUCAGAAAAUAAAUAUUUUAUUUUGCUCAUGAAAUGUUUGAAAAAAAGGUUUUGAUGUUCGGUAAAGUUUUUUUUCUUUUUGUUUUUUUUCCUCAAGUAUUUGAACAAUAAAAUGUAUAAACGAUCCGUGUGUCCUCCAACUGAA